CUACAUCCCGACGAAAACAAGUCAAAGAGCAUCGCCUGCAUAGAGUCCGAGACGGCGGAGGCCAAUCAUACCUGGUAUAUCUCACGUGACCGCGUGCCUGGCUUCCCCGAACUUUUUUCGGAGCCGCAGAAAAAAGAUCGCGACGCUUGGGGAUCCAAAGAGCGUCAACAUUCGAUUGAGCCUCGGUGUGCACGGAGAUCAUCAUGAGGACCCCUUCUCUCGCGCGGUUGCCAUACCGUGCCGUCUCUGGCCUGACCAGGUCUUCUGUCCGUCUUCAGUCCCAGAACUUCCUGGCUCGGCGAUGCGCUUCGACGGCUGCUCUCCGUACUGUUGCUCCGGCUUAUCAGUCUAUCCUGAGCAGCCGCUCCCAGCAGAGGAGAAACGCUUCUGCUACUGCCGCUGCUGUCCUUGAGGCUGCCGCCGCCACCCCCGACUCCCUAUCCCAGGAGGCCAUCAUUGAGAACCUUGAUCCUGUUGAAGCUGCGCGUCUUGACAAAGUCCGGAACAUUGGUAUUGCUGCGCACAUCGACAGUGGUAAGACCACAUGUACCGAGCGAGUACUCUUCUAUACCGGACGUAUCAAGGCAAUCCAUGAAGUCCGCGGUCGUGAUUCAGUUGGUGCGAAGAUGGACUCCAUGGACUUGGAGCGUGAAAAGGGUAUCACCAUUCAGUCCGCUGCUACUUUCUGUGACUGGGUGAAGAAGGACGCGGAGGGCAAGGAUCAGAAAUAUCACCUUAACCUGAUCGAUACUCCGGGACACAUUGACUUCACCAUCGAAGUCGAGAGAGCGCUGCGCGUUCUGGAUGGUGCUGUCAUGAUCCUGUGUGCUGUUUCUGGUGUUCAGUCUCAGACGAUCACGGUUGACCGGCAAAUGAGACGUUACAACGUCCCUAGAAUCUCCUUCGUCAACAAGAUGGACCGUAUGGGUGCCAACCCCUUCAAGGCUGUUGACCAGAUCAACAACAAGCUCAAGAUUCCGGCUGCUGCUGUUCAAGUACCCAUCGGUGCAGAGGACGAAUUCGAGGGUGUUGUCGAUUUGCUUCGCAUGAAGGCGGUGUACAACCGUGGGCAGAGUGGUGAGGAGAUCUUCGAGACAGACGAGAUCCCUGACAAGGUCAAGGAUGUGGUGGAAGAGAGAAAGCGAAUGCUCAUCGAGACCCUCGCCGACGUUGAUGACGAGAUCGCCGAACUCUUCCUCAGCGAGAUUGAGCCUACCGAACAGCAACUGAGACAAGCCAUUCGCCGGGCAACUAUCGGCCUGAAGUUCACCCCUGUCUUUAUGGGAUCCGCACUGGCAAACAAGUCUGUUCAGCCGAUGCUGGAUGGUGUUAUUGACUACCUUCCCAACCCAGCCGAGGUGCAGAACCUCGCUCUUGACAAGAAGCGCAAGGAGGCUCCCGUGAAGCUGGUUUCCUACAACUCCUUGCCUAUGGUCGGUCUUGCUUUUAAGUUGGAAGAGAGCAACUUCGGCCAGUUGACCUACAUCCGCGUGUACCAAGGUACUCUCCGCAAGGGUUCGUUCGUCUACAAUGCCCGCAACGACAAGAAGGUCAAGAUUCCUCGCAUUGUUCGGAUGCACUCCAAUGAGAUGGAGGAAGUCAGCGAGGUCGGAGCUGGCGAGAUCUGCGCCGUGUUCGGUGUGGAAUGUGCUUCCGGUGACACCUUCACUGAUGGACAGCUCGGAUACACCAUGUCCUCUAUGUUCGUCCCCGAACCCGUCAUUUCCUUGUCCAUCAAGCCCAAGAACAACAAGGAUGGUGCCAACUUCUCAAAGGCUAUGGCCCGUUUCCAGCGUGAGGACCCAACCUUCCGGGUGACCUUUGAUGCGGAGAGUGAGCAAACUCUCAUUUCUGGAAUGGGUGAAUUGCACCUUGAGAUUUAUAUCGAGCGUAUGCGUCGUGAGUACCGCGUCGACUGUGAGACUGGUCCGCCUCAGGUCGCCUACCGUGAGACGAUUGGCGAGCGCGUCGAGUUCGACCAUCUGCUCAAGAAACAAUCGGGUGGUCCUGGUGACUAUGCUCGUGUCGUUGGUUGGAUGGAGCCGACUGGAAGCCUUACCGAGAACCACUUCGAGGAACAGAUUGUUGGAGGAAGUAUUUCGGAGAAGUUCCUCUUCGCUUGUGAAAAGGGUUUCCACAUGUCUUGUGACAAGGGUCCUCUUGUUGGACACAAGGUCCUUGGUACCCGAAUGGUUAUCAAUGAUGGUGCUACCCACAUGACUGAUUCGUCCGAAAUGGCCUUCAAGAUUGCCACCCAGCAGGCUUUCCGCAAGGCUUUCAAGGAGAGCAACCCCUCUAUCCUUGAGCCUAUCAUGAAGACCGUUGUGACGGCCCCCGCUGAGUUCCAGGGUGACGUUAUCGCCCUCUUGAACAAGCGUAAUGCUACGAUCAACGACUCUGAGGUCGGCGUGGAUGAGUUUACUGUGUUUGCCGACUGCAGUCUAAACGGCAUGUUUGGUAUCAGUUCUCAACUGCGUGCGGCUACUCAGGGUAAGGGUGAAUACACCAUGGAGUUCAGCCACUACGAGAAGGCACCUCCGCACCUACAGAAGGACCUUAUCGCGAAGUACCUGAAGGCCCAAGCCGACAGGCACAAGAAAUAAGCUUGUCGCAACCCUGCAAAUCAACGCAUGGAAUGACUUCGUGAAGGCUGACCCACUUCCUGAAGCUACGCUACGUCAGUGAACGCAGUUCAACGGGAUAUCUCAUUACGCCUCCUCUCGGGACCUUGAACAUACCAUCCCCCACCCGUGCCCUAUUCCCCCGCCUACCUCUUUCCCUUCUCGGCGUGUAUUUCACUACGAAGACUAUGUUUUCAUUUAUGUUAAGAUAAUUUGGCGCCAUGUAUUAUUUAUCAAGCAAUAUAGACGGGCCCUGUGGGCAUUGAAAAGCUUCAGUACCACUGGGCCGGGUGGGUAGGGUACCUUCGGCCGUCUAUCCCCGACAAAAGCGAGGCCGGUUUCAGACUGUACAUAUUGGACCAUUUUGGUCGUUAUCAUCUCCUCUCAUACAUUUAAAUUAGCACAAACUGAGAUUAUGUCUCGACUAUCAUCUCCUGAUAAAUAC